CACGAGGAAGGAGCACUGGCAGUUGUGUGACACACGCCAUGCGAAGAAGCUCGACACCAUGCUCGCCUGCAGCCCCCAGGAAUGCAAGAAAGGGGGACAGUUGGGUGCCACCUCCCAGCCAGUUGACAGCCACCUUGUUAAAAGAGCGACAAUCGGCGGCCUGCAGGGGCUCGGGCAUCCUCGGAAGAAAAAGAGGAGGAGAAAAAAAGAAAAAGGAGGGUGCAAAGAAGCUGACUUGUGGAAUUUGAGUCCUGCUCAAAAGAGGCGGAGGAAGAAGGAGAAGAAGGAGGGAGUGGAGGAAUCUACGCGCACUUCAAGCACUCGCUCCUAAAAGUUGACUUGGACUUCUUUUUCAUUCUUAUUUUUAAAUCAAAUUUUGGGGUUGAGAAUUGGGACUCGGUCGGACUACUUUCUCCCACUUGUCAAAACAUGAAGAGGAGAUGAUGGCGCCACAACGCGCGAUGACCCUUUUGAAAAAGAAGCCCACUUUCCGAGGAGAACCGUUUGGCUGGUUGCUGUCGCUGGUGGUGGUCGUCUGUGUCCCGAACGAGGUGUUCUGCCUGCGAGAUUUGGAGUUUGAGAAACAACUAGCCACCGUUAUCUCAUCGGUGGGCAAACCCGUGAGGCUGGAAUGCGGCCUGUUAGCCACGUUAGACGACGACGAAAUUCCCCCCAACGUGUACUGGAUGAAAGACGGCGCUCCACUGGCCUUCGUGGAAAACGACGACUACCAAAUGCUGGUUUUUGGAACGGACCGCUGGAUCGUACACAGCACCCUCAGGAUUAAAAGUGUCCAGCUUUCCGACAUGGGCACCUAUCAGUGUGCGGCAGAUGUAGAAGGCCAGCAGAUUUUGUCCACGGAAGGCAGCAUCCUGCUGGAAGGUCUUGCUCACUUCUCCACCGAGCCGCAGCACAUGUCCGUGGUUGCCAACGAGAGCUUUAGCCUACACUGCGUGGCCCACGGGCCGCCAGAACCGGUCCACAUCAUCUGGUUACAAGACGGCGCUCCUCUCAACACUGUUGACGACCCAGUGGCCCUGUCGCCCUCCACGCUCAACAUCACGGGUUUGAACCGGACUAGCAGUUUCUCCUGCGAGGCCCAGAACCGUAAGGGCGUUGCUGCCUCCGGCUCCGGCACUGUCACCGUACUACCGGCCGCACCUCACCACCUGCGAGCCACCAACAUCACCCCCACCGGCCUGCGUUUGUCAUGGCAACCGGGCUUCGGCGGCGUCUACCCGGUUGUCCGCUGCACUAUUCAGGUCAAAAUUCUGGACGAAACCUUUGACGAUCUGGACAAGCUGAUCCUGAACCAGAACGUGAACGUUCCUCCAUCCGAGUACCAGUUGGAUGACUUGGAACCGUACAACCACUACGCCGCCAGAGUGGCGUGUCACAGCAGCCAGGGGCCCUCCAAAUGGACAUCCUGGAUGGAAAUGCGCACAGCAGAAGGAGUUCCUGACAACCCGCCUGGCAACGUGACGGCGGUGGCGAACGACACCGGCGUGCUUCUAUCCUGGGACGAACCACCGGGGAAGUUAAACGGGGACCUCCAUGGCUACUUGGUGGAGUUGAGUACUCCGUCAAUGAAGGAGUUUGUAGCUGAUGCCGGAUUGGACUUGGAGCUGUUAGUGAACUUGACCCUCCCGCUAACAAACGUGACCUUCAGGGUCUGUGCGUACACGGGGGCAGGGCUUGGGCCCUGGAGCCCCACGCAGACUCUCAUGCUGGUUUCUCCAGAAUUUCGAGGUCUAUCGUCUCUGCCGGCUUUUUCGUGGCACUGGUGGUACGUGGUGAUGGCCAUGACGGGCGCCGUGGCCCUUGGCGCACUCAUGGCUGUCUACGUAGCCAAACUGCGGCGCAAGGAGACGCGAUUCGGAGACGCGUUUGAGCCCAUGAUGCAGAGUGGGGAGCUGGUGGUCCGCUACCGGGCGCGACGCUCAUAUAGCCGCCGUACCACCGAGGCCACGCUGAACAGCCUAGGCAUCAGUGACGAGUUGAGGUUGAAGCUCCAAGAUGUAAUGGUGGACAGACACAAGUUGACGUUGGGGAAGACGCUCGGUGAAGGUGAAUUCGGAUCUGUGAUGGAAGGUCAGCUCACGCAAGAGGACUCUGUUCUACGUGUCGCGGUCAAGACCAUGAAAAUCGCCAUUUGCACGCGCUCCGAAAUGGAGGACUUCCUUCGUGAAGCAACCUGCAUGAAAGAGUUCGACCACGCUAACGUCAUGAGACUUCUCGGUGUGUGUCUACAAACGGUAGAAAGCGAAGGUUUCCCGUCACCCGUGGUCAUCCUUCCCUACAUGAAACACGGCGACCUCCAUACUUAUCUGCUCUACUCGCGGCUAGGAGAUUGUCCAGUCUAUUUGCCGUCGCAGAUGUUGGUGCGCUUCAUGACCGACAUCGCCCGCGGGAUGGAAUACCUCAGCAACAAGAACUUUAUCCACAGGGAUCUCGCCGCUCGCAACUGCAUGCUGAACGAGAACAUGAACGUGUGCGUGGCCGACUUCGGACUCUCCAAGAAGAUCUACAACGGCGACUACUACCGGCAGGGACGCAUCUCCAAGAUGCCGGUGAAGUGGAUCGCCAUCGAGAGUUUGGCCGACCGAGUUUACACCACCAAGAGCGACGUGUGGUCGUUCGGGGUCACCAUGUGGGAGAUCGCCACUAGAGGCCAGACGCCGUACCCCGGCGUGGAGAAUAGCGAGAUCUACGAUUAUCUAAGGCAGGGAAAUCGUCUUAAGCAGCCACCAGACUGCCUGGAUAACAUCUACGCUCUGAUGUUCUCCUGCUGGCUCCUGAGCCCCAAAGACCGCCCGUCCUUCGAGUCUCUUCGCUGCGAGCUGGAAAAAGCCUUAGACGAGCUUCCGGACCCCCAAGACCCGGAUGAGAUUCUUUACGUCAAUAUGGACGAGUCUUCCUCGGAAGCCGGCGCUGUAGGCGGCUGCGACCCCAUGGGGAGCUCCUCCCCUCUAGACCUCAAGCGCCUGGAAAUGACCACGGCCGAGGUGCACCGCCCCAACCGCUACGUCUUGUGCCCGCAGCACGAAAGCGGACGGGUGGCGGCGGACUCCGUGGAGAGUCUGGACGCGUUGGCAGUAUCGUCUGCCGAUACGCUGCCGCUGCGCUGCUCGCGAUACUCUGCACACAAUGGCGAGCGGGCAGCCACGCCUGACGUGGAGUUGCUGGAUGAACGCGAAGUCGGCCACAAGGUGCCGUGGCAGUGAGGCAGGGAAUCAAACCUUUUGCACACACUCACCUAAAGACUUUCCUGGAUAUACUCCAAAGUGUUUUUCAAGUUUACAGAUGUGUAUUGCUGACAAAUGAAGAAAUAAUUAUUCCAGAUCACGGAAACGCAUUUAGUUCCAUUGACGAAGCUAGACGUCCAAUCCCAUUUUGACAGGGACGGCUGGCAGCAAUCACUAGUAAUAAUUAGGGUUGUUCCGAUCAUGUUUUUUGUUCCUGAUCCGAUCCCGAUCGUUUUAGUUUGAGUAUCUGCCGAUCCCGAUAUUUCCCGAUCCGAUUGCUUUUUUUUUUUGCUCCCGAUUCAAUUCCAAUCAUUCCCGAUAAUUUUUCCCGAUCAUAUACAUUUUGGCAAUGCAUUAAGAAAAAAAUUAAUAAAACUUGGACGAAUAUAUACAUUCAACAUACAGUACAUAAGUAUUUGUUUACUAUGACAAUAAAUCCUCAAGAUGGCAUUUACAUUAUUAACAUUCUUUCUGUGAGAGGCAUCCACGGAUAGAAAGACUUGUGACUUUGUAUAUUGUGACUAAAUAUUGCCAUCUAGUGUAUUUGUUGAGCUUUCAGUAAAUGAUACUGAAGGCCAUGCCCAAAUGCAUGAUGGGAAGUGGAACCAUGACAAGUGGAAACAUGACUGUGCGUAGUGCUAACAAUUCUUAAAUCUUUGCGAUGGGAUACAACAUAAGGUGUUAAGAAAAAGAUCAAUUGCUACCUUGCUUCCCAUGAUAUUUCUAAUCGUAGGGAGAGGGAUUGUAAGGCUUUAGCCAAUUAAAAUAAGGCUCCAAAGGCUGCCAAAAUUCACUCUACUCAUUUUACGCUGUCUUUAAGCUCUCUAUAUAGGCAAAACGGCACCAAUACAAAUGGAGCGCGAUAAUUCGUGAGUGGGUCGUGUAGCACAGGCAUUAGUUGCCUUAAAUAUUUUAACAUUAUACAUUUAUAAAAAAAAUUGAUUACUGCCGUGAUUGGGAUAAAUUAGAUAACCCUACCUUAAGCCUAAACUAAAGACUCGGAAAAGUGUAACAUAUUAUGUCUGUAACGUUAAAUACAAUUAGAAAACGAUUUAAUUAAAAAAUAUAUAUAUAUUAAAGAAAGGCAUGGCCGAUAUUUUUUUGCCGAUUCCGAUACUUUGAAAAUGACGUGAUCGGACAUCUCUAGUAAUAAUGUUAAAAUAAGUUGACCUUCAAACUUUCGUCAAAGGAAAAUGAAGUGAUUCAAUGUUAAUUUUUUUUAACGUGACGUUAUUUACAUUAAAUUAUCAAGUUCGUCAAAACAAUUUUGGAGUUUAGAGCUUGACAUUAGUCAUUACGUUAAAAUGUGUUUGACUUUUGCAUUUGUCCAAUCAAAGGCUAGGUUCAGACCGCAGGUAUUAAUGCACAAAUCCGAUUUUUUUCAUGUUUUCCGACUCGAGUGAGGCAUUAACUUGAAGGUCUGAACGGGACAGGUGGCAUAGAAGUGGACUAUUUCAAAUCUGAUCUGAGUCACUUUCGUGGCUUAAAUUCGAUCUUGGCCACAUUUUUCCAGAAUGUGGCAGCGGUCUGAACCGUCAAGUCUCCCAAAUCGGAAUUCAUGCAGCAAUUACGUCAGCAAAGAGCAAGAGCGGUAGGCAGGACGGCAGCGAUGUAGCUGUUCAUUAACGUUAGUGCCUAGCUUGAACUCAGCUUUUCGCAGGUGGGCUCGACCACGGUCAUAAAAAAAAAAAAUUAAGAAAACGAUAAGCCUCAUAAUGGCCGAGUCGGGGCAAACUGACUCACACACUUAUGUGUGUGCGUGGCUGCGUAUUUAAACUUGGAAUAUAAGACUAAACAGGAAUAUUCAUGUCUGUUAUUUGUGUCCUCUUUUUGGAAAUCAAAAUAUGAUUACUCUGGAAUGACAUACAGCUAGCAUGUGUAAUUUGUUUUGAUGCUUCUGCGCAUGCAGGUCUCUUUGCUGAGCGCAUCUCGGACUGCGGAUUAGUGCGCAAGCGUGAUACUUGAACAGUCACAAUGGAAAAAGGCAGUCUGAACGGGCAUGCCAAAAAAACAGAUAUGGCAAAAAAAUCGUAUUUGUGCAAUAAGACCUGUAGUAUGAGCCUAGCCUAAAUUAAUUGGGUGUCAAGCACCAUCAAUGCAGCCUUAAUGUUAAUUGAGACACUAUGAUGGUGGAAGGUUUUUGUAGCAACUUGUUGUUUCCUUUUUAUUUUUUUCGACAUUGACACCUUUUUAAAACGAUAUCUAGAUUCUUGGCAGGAGCAUAUCGAUAACCUUUUGGGAUACAAAGUCAAAGAAAUCACCAUUUCGAUAUUUUGCCACGUCCCUAGUAUGAACCUAGCCAAAAUGAUUCCAGUUUCAAUUUUAACUUGACCUAAGUUUGUCUGUCUUACUCAUCCGUCCAAAACAAGUUUCAUUUUCCCUUUUUUACCAUGACGCAACUUAUUGCGUUACAACAACAUGAAGUGACUCCAUUUUAUAUUUUUUGAAGUUACGUAAAUUAGUACUUGGAACUAAGUUUGACUUUCGCAUUUGUCGAAACAAAGUGUUACCGUUUCCAAAUUUUUAAAAUCUGACGUAAGUCACGCAGUGAAAUGUCCAAAGUCGGUCUUUCACAUUCAUCUAAACAAGACGAAGCCAUUUCAUUUUCACUUUUAUCAUAACGUAUGUUAGUAUGUGAAAAUAUGUUCUACUUUCGCAUUAACAUAACAAAGCAAUUUAAUUGACUCUUUUUUUAACGUGAUGUACGUUAUAGAGAGACCAAUUACUGGCCGGGCCGUUUAUCGGCGCCGAUAUUUGGAAGUUUGACGUAUAUCGAUAGCUGCCCUUUUUUUUUUUUUUAUCCGACCGGCCGAUGUGAAAAAAUCUAUUUAAAAUUGGUUAUUUUGGCUCAAAUGCAGCCGCGCCUCUCUUCUGCGCUAGUAUUCACACCGCCCUCUGAUUGGUGAAUGGUAAUGAAGUCACACUUAUAUUACGCUUUUCCAUCUUUUUAAGGCCCUCAAAGCGCUUCACACAAUAUCCUCACCUACCUAGUGGUGACGCAGCACCAGGAGCAAUGUGGGGUUUAGUAUCUUGCUCAAGGGAACUUAGACAAGAUCAUCAGGGCGUAGAAUCGAACCCCCAGCCUCUGGGUUAAAGAACAAUUACUCUACCACUGAACCAAGGCAUACCCUAUUAUUAGCUAUUAUUUUCUAUUUGUGUGAUUCAAUAAACAUGCGUUAGCUAUUUCAAUGAAGUUCAGUGUUUGCAUUAUUCAAUUUUUUUGCGCCGAUGUUUACACUAAAUACCUUUACAAAUGAAUAUCGGCUCCAAAAAUCGGUUAUCGGCCCCUCUAACUACUAAUAAUCGAUCGGUACCGGUCCUGAAAAACCCAUAUCAAUCGAUCUCUAGUAUGUUACCACAUUAACUUGUCGGACGUUUGCUUAAACGAAACAAUUCCGUUUUCAAUUAUUGUUUUGACGAAUGCCGAAGUAUAGAAGUUGACUUACCGUAUUUAAAUGUUAGACCAAUCAGGUGAAGCUUAUCUUACCCUAUCAAUUUGGCACAUAUCAUUUUAAUGUGAAACCCAUGUUCAAAUGUGAACUAUUUUACGACAUGCCUCGUGUUUAACAUAGAAUUCAAACUUAUAAAAUUUAGCAUAAAAACGCACAAGGUUAACCAUUGUUGUUUUCGUCAGCGAUGACGAUAACGAAAAUAUUUCAUUGACAAGAUAAAAACAUUGCUUGGGAGACACAAACAAGACAAAAUGCCAGUUUUCGUCUGAUGAGACAAUGACGAGAUAAAAAUGCGACAUAAUUUCUGUCAUAUUUUCACAGUACGUGACAUUUUCAUAUUCUACGUUGGUCGUGUCAGUCGUGAGAGGUGCUGUCUCCGCUCUUCCUCACAGGUGUUACGAUGUGGUUCAUGCAUUGUAAGAUUUAUCUUAUCUUGGCAAGAGAGAAUAUGCAUUUUUGCUUCAUACAUUAAAUGUAAAUUACACUGUUAGCAUAGCAUUAGUGUUAGCUUUAACAUUGAGUGUGGUGAGCGUCGUCUUAAACACUUGGCCAAAGUUUUUUGACAUACACUUCCUGGCGAGAGUUUACGAUGACACUCGCCUUGCUAAAAGCUAGUAAAGACGCGAAUGCCAGGCUAAUGCGCCGAGCCACCUAGCCAAGCAUCAUCGCGUUUGCAACAGCGUCACCACCCCCUUCCUUCCCCCUCCCCCUCUGAUCUCUCCCAGGCAGCAAUGAAAAAAAUCAGACAACUUGGACUCAUUCAACCAAAUUUUAGUUAAACGCCCUUUCACAUCCUCAGUAACGCCGUUGCAAAGAUGGGAAAAGAAUUGAUUAGAUUACUAGUUUUAGUAGUAUUUAUAUAUUUAUAUAUAAUAUAUAUAUUUAUAUAUUAUAUUAUUAUAUAUAUUUAGUAGUAUUAUUAGUUGUUGCUUAUUUUAUAAGGCUGUCAAACAAUUAAAAUUUUUAAUCGAGUUAAUUACAGCUUAAAAAUUAAUCGCAAUUAAUCGCUAUUCAAACAAUCUAUAAAAUAUGCCAUAUUUUUCUGUAAAUUAUAUAUUCUGUAAAAUAAAUUGUUGGAAUGGAAAGAUAAGACACAAGAUGGAUAUAUACAUUCAACAUACGGUACAUAAGGACUGUAGUGGGCAUUUCACUCUACUGUCAUUUAAAUCUGUCUAUGCUGUCCUCACUCCGAAGCGUCUACUUUUUCCAAAGCUAGACAGCUAGUGAACGACGCCUUAAUAAUCAGACUUCUUCCUUUUUCAUCUGAUUUAUUAAUAAAAUGGCCUCAAACCAUUGUCCUCUUUAGACCGUCGUAAAACUACAAAAAAAAAAGUACACGAGCAUUGCAUUAGCAAGAACGUUAGCUUAGCACGCUAUACAGGUUCACUAAACAUAAACAAAAAGCGUCUCAUACAAAAAAUAUAACAUUUUGCUUACUAACAUAAUAUGUACAUUCUUUACAACAACCAUACUUACGGACAAAUCUUGUCCAAGGAUCAUAUAAGCACAACAUUACAACGUAGGCGUCAGCCCGAGAUGUCGUGCAGCCAUAUUGAACUGGCAAGAAAAAACAAACCAUGUCGCAAAGCGACCACAAGAGUUCGCUGUUAGACAGCACAAAAAGCCUUGCUGUAAAACCUACCAAAAGGCAGAAUACUGUCUGAGCGGCACAUGUGCGUUAAUUGCGUCAAAUAUUUUAACGUGAUUGAUUAAAAAAAUUAAUUACCGCGCGUUAACGCGAUAAUUUUGACAGCCCUAUUAUUUUAGUGAAGAAAUAGUCCAAUUUCCACCUAUCCUUGAGGCGUCGGCCGUCGCAGUUAACUUUUUUUUGUUGUUGAUUGUCGGCACUUUAGAAAAUUGGAAGUAAAGGGCCACACGGGGUAAUGUUGCUUAGAGUGCUGCUGCCUUUUAGUGGGUAAAUGAGGAGCAGCAUUUAGUGCGUAAGCUACUUCAUAUGCUGGUAGCAGUACUGCUGACCAAUUCAUUAAGUCUGUGUGCGGGCCAGACGUUAUUGAUUUUCUGGCAGAGGCUGGGGGCUGGAUGAAAUUUGACCACGGGCUGCAUUUGGCCCCCAAGCCGGACUUUGGACAUGUCUGGGGUAGAGUGUACACAAAUCAGCUCUGAUAUCUAGAACCCAGUAAUCGUUUGAAUCCCUCGUGAGUGUAAGCCUGUUGGCGACCGACCCUACGCCACAUCCCCUGCCAAUCCCAGCACCGGGACCCCCCACCCGGGCGCGCCCCAUCACAUCCAGCCGCACACGAGCCCCAUCAAGCGCGUGACUGCCACGCAGACGAGCGUCAACAUUUCACAUUUUAGCGUAAAAUUAUAAUACAUUAAAUAGUUUGAAACAUGUUUUCUGAGCAAAAUGUUCUCACAUUAAACUUCAACAUGAAAAUUAUGUUAAAAUGUGAAAAUUAUCAGCAAUACACAUCUGUUAAAAAAAACAUUUUGGGGCACUGCUUUGACAGUGUUGGAUAUCCAGUCCAUUUUGACUGGGGAUCGCACUGCCGACCCUCUCAGUCAAAAUGGAUUGGAUGUCGAGCGCGUCAAUAGCAGUGAAACAGCUGGAAUGGAUUUAAUGCCUAUCAAUAGCAAUGAAUGAGUUGUUUUAAAAUUUAAAAUUCCACAAAAAUACUACCAAUAUUUUGUAAUAAGGGCUUUGCAUACACACACAUAUGUACACCGUCCACCAAAAAGCAGGAAUCUCCACAAAUGUACACUUUUUUUGUUGUUGUUUGUUAUCAAAAGUAAUAGGUCAAAAAUUGUGGAGUUCAUGUUUUUCAUUGGACAAAUACUAGUCUUUCCCUCCCGUUAUUUUAAUUCCCUCCCUGGAAAAUUCCAAACAUGAAAAGCGCCUCGUUGUACUCCUUCCAGCCAGGAAACUGAGGGUACAAAAAUGGGGAAAGAACACUGCUACAAGUAAACACAGUCCAAAUAUUCCAAGAAGGACUUAAAAAGAAACAAAGCACAUUGACUUUCUUUUGUACGCUGAUUUUUUUUCUACUUUUCAAACUUUGCACUAAUGUCUUUUUUAUAUAAACAUGUACAUUUGUCUAUUUUGUGUAUACUUUUUCUUUUUUUUUUCCUCCAUAUGAUGGACGAAACAUUUCUGUUGAUUUUUUUUGUUUGUUUGUUAGUUUGGUUGGUUUUAAAACACUUCAGAAUUUCAAGACCGCUGAAAAAACUUCACUGCCAUCACCAACGCACUUAUUUUUUUACAUUGUUUGGUGUUCUGUAUGCUGUAUUUUCCGGACUAUAAGUCGCAUGUUUUUCAUAGUUUGGCUAGCCUCCGCCUUAUACACAAGUGUGACUUAUGGGUUUUUUUCCCCCGCUCUGACCGCCGAUAGCCUGUUGUGUUUUUUAUGCUGCGUUCAGACCGGCAGCAUUUUUGUCACGCGAUGAGUUCCCAUUCAAAGUCCAAACAGAGAAAGAAAUAUAUUAGAACUAAAGGUAUCCGCGGGAAGUGUGGUGCUGAGGGUGCUGCAGCAACCCCUGGUAUUCAGGAGAAAAGUGUUUUGGUACAUUCUUUUGCUGUUGUUUUUGAAAAUAAAUACCAUAAUUUCCCAAAUAUAACGCAUCCCCCCCCCCCCCCCCCCCCCCCAAAAUCAACUUGUAAAAUCAUGGUGCGCAUUAUAAACGGGUACAUGGAUGGAGACAGAAAUAUAUAUAUAUAUAUAUAUAUAUGUUAUAUAUACAGUGCCCUCCAUAAUUCUUGGCACCCCUGAAAAAGAUGUGUUUUUAACUUCUAAUAUAUAUAUAUUUUUUUAUUCAAAUAAUAUGGGACCUUAAUGGAAAAAAAAAGAAAAAUCCAACCUUCAAUACAAGUGCAUUCAUUCAGUGGGGGAAAAAAAUCCCUCAUAAAGAAAUAAUUAUUUGACAUCAAAUAAUGUGUGUCACAAUUAUUAGCACCCCUGGCGUUAAUACUUUGUACAACCCCCUUUUGCCAACAAAACAAGGUCUGGGAACUGAGAUGGCCAUGGGAGGAGCUUGAUUUUGUGUCUGGUGAACCAUUUCUGUGUAGAUUUGGCCAUAUGUUUAGGGUCAUUGUCUUGCUGAAAGACCCAGUGACGACCCAUCUUCAGCUUUCGGGCAGAGGGCAACAGAUUUUGAUUUAAAAUGUCCUGGUAUUUCAAAGCGUUCAUGAUGCCAUGCACCCUAACAAGGUUCCCAGGGCCUUUGGAAGCGAAACAGCCCCACAGCAUCAGUGACACACCCCCAUACUUCACAGUGGGUAUGAGGUGCUUUUCAGCAUGCGCAUCUUUCGUGGCACGGCAGACCCACUUAGAGUGUUUGUUGCCAAAAAGCUCAAUCUUGGUCUCAUCUGACCAAAGCACACCGUCCCAGUUGAAACCUGGGACCGUGUUUAUUUUUAUAAUUUUUUUCAUUAUGUGGGAUUUUUUCCCCACUGAAUGAAUGCACUUGUAUUGAAGGUUGGAUUUUUCUCUUCUUUUCCAUUAAGGGUCCCAUAUUAUUUGAAUUUUAAAAAAUUAUUAGAAGCUUUUUUAUUGACACGGCCACGUUGUGUUGAAGAAACGUAUGUGGCGAUCCGUUGCCGACCAUUACGGUACGUGACGUCACCAUUUUGUUUCGGUAAUACAUCACUCUGAUCAGCUGAAUGAUUUGGUCUGUGUUAAAUUCUGCUUUUUUCACUCUUCGUAAAGCACAGAAUUUAGUUUCUUGAACUCAUUUGAGUCAACGUUCAUUGCAGCUCUGCAACUCGGACCAUAACUUACGUAACAACAGACUUCCUGUGUGUGUCUGUCAACUAUAUCUGUCCCUCGGGAAACUCAAAUCCAAAUAACAAUAGUUCCUAUUGUUACUGUCGUGUCGACAGCGAUGAGCGCUCUCGGAUUUCCGACUUACGUUCUCACUUUCAUUUUACCGUAUCAAUCCAUGGAAGAAACAUUUAUUCAUCAUGAUGAAACGAGCAAGUUAUACAGCAGCCUUUAAAAGAAAAGUCACAUCUGUUUUGUUUUCUCCUAGAUUCUGGUAAGUUGGAGAAGUUGUCAAAUCAUAUUAUUACCGUAAAUAUUGUCAGUUUAUGGUAAUGUUUUGAACUACCAAAAUGCUAUGCUUGUGCUGUGUUUCACCAUUCAGUAAAAUGACAUUUCUGUAUCUGUACACGAGCUCUGUUUUCUUGUAUUCUUCUAUUCAUUGGUGCUAAAAUUAGGGUGCACGUUAUAAACGGGUACAAUAAAUUUCCCUAGAUUAUACAAGUAGAUUCUGGGUGCGCAUUAUUCACGGGUGUGCCUUAUAUUCGGGAAAUUACGGUAAAACGUAUUGAAACAGUAGGGUGUUUAACUGGGGAAUAAAUUAGGGCUGCAGCUAUUGAUUAUUUUAGUCGAUUAAUCGAUGAAAUGGUUAAUUCAAUUAAUCGAAUAAUCGGAUAAGGAACAUAAAAAAUUAAAAACCCUGAGCUGAGCCUCAAAUGGUAUACAAAAAAUAAAUA